UAGACUGAUGUGUGAUGAAAAUAGCCUGUAUGACAUCAACCUGGAAUCCCCACCACAAGAGUCAUGCAAACAAACACAGAAACUUACAUGUUAUGCUUCAGAAGAUGAUGAUUCGGAUACAAGUCCAUGGCUUCCAUCUCGUUCACCACCAUUGGGGUUUCGUGGAAUUUCCCAGUAUCACUCCCCUCACGGAAGACAGGAUAGUUCAUGUUUACUACUUAAAGAUUUGGGACUUAGCCCUUCCCUUUUUACUUGUCCAGGACAGCAUCUAUCAUUGCCUCAGUUUCAAGAUGGAACAGAAUGUCUUUCCAGUGCAGUUCUCUUUGAAGAUGUCUAUUUGAGUUCUCAGGAUAUUGAUUCUACUUCCUCAAGAUAUUUGGAGGAUCCUGAUCAGAUGGUACCCGAUAUAUUCUCUGCAUCCUCUGACUUAUUACAGUCUGCAUUUUCACUUGAUCACUGUUAUCUCUCAACUAAGUGUACCACAACUGAGGAUUGCUGCUCCAUUUCAGGAGUCAAGACUUCAGUCUCUGCCUGCAGUAAAUACCCUCUGAAAGAGGAGGUAGAUAAUGAGAAAGAUCACGUGGUGUCAUCAGUUGAUGAUGAGAGCAGUGGCAGCACAUGGACUCCUUCCAGUAGAGAGAAGCUUCCCACUCCUUCAAGCAGCAAGAAAGUUCGACGACCCAAACAUAUUUUUCAGCACCUCAAACGUUUGCAAAAACAGCAUUGCCCAUUUCAUCUUAAGAAAAAGUGUGUCAACGGAUUCAUAAUGUUCUGUCGACUGAACCGGAAACAGUACAUUUGUGACCACCCAGGUACAGCCUCCACUGCUGCUACUCAAGCACUUGCCAAUUUGUGGCGUGUGAUGUCAAAGCAAGAAAGGAGGCCAUACCGUAUUAAGGCACGCCAGUUCAACAAACUACACAAUCGCAUUGUAAAGCUAGAAGGCUCUUCCAGUGAAGAUGAAGAAGCAAACACAUUAAAACCACUUAGCCUGCUGCUUGCUGAGAAGUCCCUCUUCUUUCUGUAACAGCUGAAGAAAAGAAAAAUCUGUUUUUUUUUUUUUUUUCUGCCACAUUGAGUUGUUUUAUAACAGUUUAUUUCUGUGUCCUUCUUAUAAUUAUGUUAUUUCUGUAGUGUUCCUCAGCAGAAAUGUAUCUUUUAAAAAAAAGCAUUGUGAAUUAGGGUUCUAAAUAUAGUUUUGAAAUUAAAAGAUCCUGGCAAACAUUCAGUUUAUUAUAACAGGCUGUUCAUAAGCUUUGGAAAGUCCCUUUUUUAGGUGCUUUUUGCCCCCAUGCCUGCAGACCAUCAAAACCUCCCCCAUCAGAAUGUGUUCAUUUGUUCCCCCUUCCUAGGAGAUUUCCCAAGUAUAGUAUGGAGGCAAGAGCAAUUCUCAGGGCCCCUCAUACAGGCUGCCAUGAGAGUUGCAUAUGCCCUUUGCUAGCAUCCCAGCAGAUGGGGGUACAUUUGUCUGACCUAACCCUGACUCUUGGAUGGGGGAAGAGCUGUAUGCAUCACCGGGGGGAACAGCUCCUUCCCCAUUGAGUGCACUUUCCUGUGUACUUGCUAACGAAUGCCAUCAUUAACAUCAGAGCUUGCUAGAAGAGUCUUGGUUUUGAGUGUCUUUGUGAGUAGUUCUGAGAAAAUGUACAGUUCUUUAAAUAAGUGCACUUUUAAACAUGUGAAAGUGUUUCUGAUUUUAUACAGAAGCUUGUAAUUGUGAAUGUACAGCUAUAUUUGCUGGUAAAACUACAGUAUUGAGCAAAGUAAUGUGUUAUUAUUGACUUUUAUUCCUUUUUAUAAGGGACAUUUCCUUUGGAAGUGAGGUUACAGUUUCACUGGCAUAAUAUUUAUUAAUAGUAGCAAUAACAUGUCUGUAUUUUUAAGCGAGUUUCAUUGUUUAGUUAGAUGUAAGAAGUAGAUAUAUGUGCUUUGAGGCACUGUCAGAAUUCUGCCAGAGACUUAAUGCUGCUUUUUAAGUGUUGUAUGAUGUUAUGUUUUAUAAUUCAUUUGGGUUCUUUUUCUUUGCCUUAUUUCUUGAUGUUAAGCCUGUUUUACUUGGCAGUACUCAUUUUACUUCACUGGGCCAUCUACAGUGGGUUAGAUAUGAGUUCAUUCUUUCUAUCUGAAAGUGUUAGCUCAUAACAUUGCACUCUUUAGUGCAAAACGAGUGCAUGUUUUUUUUUUUUUUUUUUUUUUGACUAAGUCGGAAAAGCCUUUUGCCAAGUCUAAUGGCCACACAUUCAUCUGGGAUU